AUGGAGGGGACCCUUACAGAGGCGUUUAAAAGGUUCGACUUGAGUAACAAAGAAAGGGGUGGUAUAGACCUAGAGACAGAGGAUGUGCUCGCAGGAGUUCAGGAGUGUAAGUUGAGCUUGGUAGGAAGGAUCAUGGGUAAAAAGGUUGCAAAUUUUACAGGGGUGAAAAACUACACAUCACAUGUGUGGGGCUACCCCAGGAACCUGCACGUUGUUGAACUCGGCCCCAAUGUCUUCCAGUUUAACUUUGCAGAGGACAAAGACAAGGAUAAAGCCCUAAAUGGUAGGCCAUGGGUCAUUGAUAACCAGCUGCUGGUCAUAAAGCCAUGGGCUCCAGAUAUAGAAAAAAGUACAGAAGCUUUCCAUAUAUCCCACAUGUGGAUACAAGUAUGGAAUCUCCCAAUUCACCGGUUGAGUCAAGCAGUGGGCUUUAAGCUCGGACAAAUAUUCUCUGCCGUUAAAGAAGUCAUCAUCCCGCCAGGAGGAGGAAAGGAGGGAAGGCAUAUGAAAAUCUUGGCGGAAGUAGAUAUCUCUCAACCAUUGGCAAGGGGCACCACUAUCAACUUCAAUGGGAAACAAAUCUGGGUGGAAUUUCGUUAUGAAAAAUGCCCAGACUUCUGUUACAAAUGUGGAAUAAUAGGGCAUGGAGAUAAGACAUGCAAAACAACAGUGGAAAAAGAGCAAAAUCAGAGAGAAGAGCAGUACGGGGCGUGGAUGAGGGCAGGGAACAUCAUGGCCUCUCCGUUGAGGGCCAGUAGACCAGUAGAGAUCAGCAUAAUAGGAAGGGUAGAUGCACAAAAGAAACAAGGAAGCUUGAUACAGGAGGGGGGUGGGGUGAGGGAUCCAAAAGACAGGAAGGAGGUUAGUCUAGCGAACAGGGGAGGGGAAAUGAAAAAAGAUGAAAAGAGUAAGGAGCAAAAAGAGGUGAAAAACUCAAAAAAAGAUGAAGGAAAAAACAAAAAGAGUGAGGGAGCAGAGAGGGAAGAAGGAACUAGGGGAAGUAAAAACGGAAAUGAUACGAGAGUAACAAAGGGUGGUAUGGAACAACGACAUCAACCAGUGGAUGAAAACAAAAAUGCACUCGUGUUAGUUCAGGUGAUGGACACGGAUGAAUGUGAACAAGGAAAUGGAUUGAGCAACAAUGAGGGACAGAGUGGUCAGGUGAAUAAACAAAAUGUGAUGACAGAGCAGGAUAACAAGGCAAGGGGAGAAAUGCAGUCGAGAAGAAGACCAAGAGUCACAAGAAAACCUAUGGCUGAUGUUACAAAUAAACCAGGAAAUUCCAGAAUGAAGGGGAAGAGAAAGCUAGAAAGUGACACUCAGGGAGGAAAUCAAAUGGAGAUUGAUGAAGUGGAGGAGCAAAAACCAAAAAUGCUGAAACUGGGUGUGAUAUUACAAACACAACAAGGGGCGACGGAGGCAUGCCCAGCUAAGCCUCCACAAUGUAAAUGA